AUGCAGACAGACAGCACAGCCAACUCACUUCCUUCUACGAGUUCAUCAAAUAGAACGCGACGGAGACCAGAGGUUACUGCAUGGAUUCGAGAACCUGCGAGGAAACGAAAUGCCUCCAACCGCGUGAGAAGGUCUUACCGGAAGGCUUUGAAAGACCCGGCAGUCCGCAAACAUCUGGUGAUUUCCGUGAUAUUAGGGUUUCUUCUUAUUUCGACGAUAGCUAUGUAUCUGGCAUUCGCCCUGGCCUCCGACACGUUUCAAGGCCAACAGUUUCACGUCCUAAUCAUCCUAUUCAUAAUAAUCCUCGCAAUAGUCUUCUGUCAUUCCGUUGCACGUACAUGCAUGCUUGCCACUCGGUUUGCAAGAUACGGUACCACUCUUCAUCGAGUACCCAGUGUCGUCGGCCCCCGAGGAUAUGCUCAGCCUGCAGAACCUAUACACGUCAUCCUUGCUCGAGACGAAGAAAUCGCCGAACAGGACCAGACCAGCCCCGGUCAAACAAAAGUCACACCGCCACCGCCAGCCUAUGGUCUCUGGCGCAAUAGCGUGCGCAUCGAUCCAAAUAUGAUUCACUGGCAACGAGUGGAAGCAGCCAAGGCUCGCAAAGCCAAUCGCAGUGAAACCCCAGAGCCAAAUACCGCUAAUCGGCCGCCAAGUUAUAUUUCUGAGAACGGGGUAGAUUAUGUUAUUGAAGCGCAACCGAGAUCAACGGUAUCUCAUCAAAAGGAGCUUACAACAUAG